AUGGAGAAGACGACUUCAGUUGGACUAUGUCAUGUAUGUGUCCUCCUGACUAUAUUCAUGGCUAUGUUCCCACGUUCCCAAGGAAACUGGAUGUGGCUUGGUGUCACAUCUUUUGGGUUUCCUGAGAAAUUAGGUUGCUCCAACCUCCCCUUAAAUGCACGGCAAAAGGAUAUGUGUAAAAAGAAGCCAUACUUGCUGUCCAGCAUCCGUGAGGGAGCCAGGCUGGGAAUUCAGGAGUGUAGGAACCAAUUCAAACAUGAAAGGUGGAACUGCUCUCUUUCACCAACCAUGUACACAUCCAGUCCAUCAUUUUCACUCUCAUCCUUGUCAUCUUCAUUGGCAUCAGCUCGUUCUGUCUUUGGCUAUGAAAUGAGCAGUGGAACAAAAGAAACAGCAUUCAUAUCUGCAGUGACAGCGGCAGGUCUUGUGCACUCUAUAACCAGAUCGUGCAGUGCCGGAAAUAUGACUGAAUGUUCCUGCGACACAAGCCUUCAAAAUGGUGGCUCAGCCAGUGAAGGAUGGCACUGGGGAGGAUGCUCGGAUAACCUUCAGUACGGAAUGUGGUUCAGCAGGAAAUUCCUUGAUGCCCCUUAUAAAAACUCAACUGGAAAAGAGUCAGAUAUUCUUAAUGCAAUGCACUUGCACAAUAAUGAAGCUGGAAGGAUGGCAGUGGCUAAAUUGAUGACAGUUGACUGUCGAUGUCAUGGAGUCUCUGGUUCCUGUGCUGUGAAAACAUGUUGGAAAUCUAUGUCUUCAUUUGAAAAGAUUGGAAGUUACCUAAAGGACAAAUAUGAAAACAGCAUCCAGAUAUCAGAAAGGACGAAAAGAAAAGUCCGCAGGAAGGAGAAGAACCAUCAUAAGAUACCUAUCAAAAAAGAUGAGCUUGUUUACACCAACAGAUCUCCCAAUUAUUGUGUAGAAGAUCAAAAACUUGGAGUAUCUGGGACCCAUGGUCGAGAGUGUAACCGUACCUCAGAGGGACCAGAUGGCUGUAACCUGCUCUGCUGUGGGAGAGGGUAUAACACACAUGUAGUAAGGCAUGUGGAAAGAUGCGAGUGUAAAUUUGUGUGGUGCUGCUAUGUGCGAUGUAGACGUUGUGAAAGCAUGACAGAUGUUCACACUUGUAAGUGAAGGUACAGAUUGAAAUAGUUUUAACAAAUUUGGUCUGACCAAAUAGAUUCUUAUUUAUUUGGUCAUCUAUGUCAAAAAAGUCACUAGUGAUGCUGGUGUAGGUUGGAUUGCUAUGGGAUCGGACUGAGGCAUGUCCAUACCAUUGGCAUUGUGAUCUGAAUAGUGCCCACUACUCUUAACAUUGGGAAACACUUGUUGAAUACAAGCUGUCAGGAUUAUAAAAUAAUAUCACAGAAAAAAUAUAGAAUGGCUGCGAGGCAGCUGAAAUGUGAUACCCAAUUAGACUAGGCUUCACAGAAGGGGUAUAC